AUGUCUACUGAGAAUAAAGAACACCAGAAUCCUUCCGACAACUUGACAAAAGAUGUUCUGAAAGAGAUAUCUCAUACUCCUACCAUCUGUCGCAACACAUGGUUUGCUCCCUUUCAAGUCAACCAAGUGGAAGGCAGACCAAGCAGCGUCACCUUAGGGGCCGAAGGCAACCAGCCUCCACCUGGAGUGGAAAUCCAGGCCUCGAACCUGCCAAUCACCACUCUUGGUUCUGGUCCUGGAGACAACACUCUAUCUCUGACAUAUGGCCAAAUCUCAUCUUUGGCAGGAGACUUCUACGGCACUUCAGACCCAAUCAGUGAUGGGUCUAACGACGAGGAACGCCGCCGCCGUUUCAUGAGUGCAUUGAAUACCCUGAUCAACAACCCUCAAGACCAGCCAAAGGAUGCACGAAACUUGCUCGAGUACCUACAGAAGGAGAUAGACGCCGUCAAAAAUGCCGUAGCCAAAGGAUUGGAUCCGUCCACGGUAUACAAGGGGGGUGAAGUCGUUGACAACGGAUGGUUGCAAUACCUGACCUUGGGUCGAAAGUACCCGAAAUUUAUAAGUUACGCCGGUCUCGCCGUCAUCAACUGGGACCAUUUCGGAGAUGAUGCUCGGGUUGUGUACAAGACUGGCCAUCUAGCGGCCAUCAAGCACGCCGCUAGUAGCACCUCCAAAGAUGCUCUGUUCCAAGCUUAUUCAAUGAAUGCAUUUGCGGACCAUUUUCUGCAAGAUCUGUUUUCCGCAGGUCAUCUUCGGACCCCGCGCCGUCAGCUCCACGGUCACUUUACAGUAACCGAUAAAUGUGCCCAGUACAUGCAUGAUGAAGACUGUGCUCUCGGGCUACAGGUCACCAACGAGGACAACCAUUCGUGGACUGUUUACGGGGAUAGACGUCUGUUAGACAAGGUCAACAACGAGAACCUCAUCAAAUGUCUGGAUGCUGUACAGACUUCCGCGCAAGAAGUCUAUCAAGCAUGGAAGAAUCAGACAGUGCUCAACCCCGACGAUUUUGGAGCGUGGCGCAAGGUACCGACCAAGGCAUCCGCCCUAAGUACCAAGCAGCCUCUGGCCCCGUUGUUCCUGUUGGGACCUAGUGGCACCUUUGCCGACCUCCAGCGUCGAGACGAUUUGAACGAUAGGAGAACUUGGAAAUACAUCACGAACUGGACAGUGGCCGGGACUUUGAUUAAACUAACCGGAAACAAGCGCUGGAAGUAUCCGAUGCAGAUGUAA